AUGGCACAAGAAGUGCGUAUGCAUGAUGUUGUUCGCGAAAUGGCCUUGUGGAUUGCAUCUGAAUUGGGAAGAGAAAAGGAGGCUUUCAUUGUGCAUGCAGGUGUAGGGUUAAGUGAAAUUCCAAAGGUUAAGAAUUGGAACACUGUGAGAAGGAUGUCACUGAUGAAGAAUAAGAUUCACAAUCUCGGUGGCAGUCCUGAAUGUCUCGAACUCACAGCUUUUCUCAUGCAACAGGGAGAUUUGGUAAAUAUCUCGAGUGAAUUCUUCAAGUCCAUGCCGAAGCUACAGUUACAGGUAUCCGUCAUCUCCCUAAGGGUCUACAAGAGGGGCGGACCUACAUGA